AUGUUGCGUCGUAUUCUCUGGACGCGCAGGUCUCGCUUGCUCACGCACCAGCCGCCAAUCACGCGCAGUUUCCACCAAUCUUCAUCUGCCAUGAUGGCGCGUAUCCUCUGCAGUGAUCCCAUUGAUCCCAUAUGCCCGGAACUGUUACGUGCUGCCGGUCACGACGUUACAUGCGACUCGACGGGUCUCUCCCACACUGAAUUGAUUACGCAGGUGCCUGAUUACGACGUGCUCAUCGUUCGCUCCGGCUCUAAAGUGGAUCGACAAGUACCCCCCCCCCCCCCCCCCCCCCCCCCCACACGAUGGAUGCUGGACAAAAGUUGCAGCUCAUUGGUCGCGCUGGCACAGGCGUGGAUAACAUUGACAUGGUAA